AGCUAGUUGACAACAUCGGAACGAUAUAAUACUCGUCAUCCUCGACCUGGCCUUUCGUUCGUUUCUCUUUCGCAGCAUCACAGACUGUGUUUCUCUUCCGCAUCAUCGCCAAUUGGUCGAUGACAUUGGCACGGUAUAUUGUUCGUCACCGUUCGAUCGGCCUUUUCGUUUGUUUUUCUUUUGCAGUAUUGCAGACUGGCCGACAACAUUGGCACAGUAUAAUAUUCGUCAUUUUCGAUCGACCUUUUCGUUUGUUUCUCUUUUACGGCAUCACAAAUUGGUCGAUAAUACCGGCAGGCUAUAAUAUUCAUCACCCUCGACCGGCUUUUUCGUUUGUUUCUCUUUCGCAGUAUUGCACGCUGGAUGACAUUACUGGCAGGGUGUAAUAUUCACCACCCCAAAUUGUACUAAAGGACCG